AGCGCGGCGCGGCGGAUGCACCCGGGCGGCGCCGUCGGGCCCGACAUGAACCCCUUCCCCUGGUACCCGCCGCCGCCGGGGCUCCGCCCGCCCGUCUUCUGCCCGCCGCCCGCCUGGGAGCCCGGCUUCUGGGCGCCGCCGGAGAGCUACGCGCCGCCCGGCGCCUGGUACCCGCCGGCGUACGGGGAGCGCCCGCGGGGCCCGCCCGCCGGUGGCAAUGGCAGUUUCCCGCAGGAAUGGCAAGGCGAGCCAGCGCCGGGGUUUUAUAAACGCUCCCCAGGUGGAAAUCACAAGCAAAAGAACAAAAAGAAAAAAGAGCCAGUUUUCUCUCAUUAUUGUGAUACCUGUGACCGUGGCUAUAAAAACCAGGAGAAGUAUGAUGAACAUGUUUCACAACAUACACAGUGCACAGAAGAAGGUUGCAAUUUCAAUGCACAUGAGAAGCUAGUUCAGAUACCUACAUUCUUCCAGUGUAUCUCAGUGCAUGGUCCUGGGGCUAAAAAAAUAAAGUUAGAUACUCCAGAAGAGAUUGCUAGAUGGAGAGAAGAAAGAAAAAAAAAUUUUCCUACUUUGGCAAACAUUGAAAAGAAGAAGGUGAUGCAGAAGGAAAAGGAAGAAAGAGGAGAAGUGCUGACUACUCCACAGUUUGGCAAGAUGAAGGGAAUGUGGAAAGCUCCAGAAGAUGAAGAGAGGUCUGGGCAGCAAGGAAGACAAAAGAAAAAGCAAAAACGCCAGUUCUGGAAGAAGUUUAAGAAAAAUGGUGGAGGUGAUAAUGUGCCAUCACAAAAAAACCAAAAUGUAGCUAAUGGACCAGAAAACCAUGCGUGUGAAAGAGAUGAUGAAAAACAACCAGCUUUGGAGUCUCAGGCGUGCAUGAAGGACAUGGACCCUCUCAGUCUACUGGCAAACAGUGAUGUUGAAUCCGACAAGGAUGAAGCAGCUGCUGAAGAUGGGAAGCUGGGAACAACUGUUGUUCCCAAGCAGGUCACCUCGGCCCUGAGUUCGUUGUCGGCCAACUAUGGCAGCGCGUCUGAGAGUGAGCCGGAAGAAGUCCCUGUCAAGAUCGUAGCAAAACCUGAAGAAAACCAGGCUGUGCUCCAAAAUAAGUCUCAAACUACAAGUAUUCCUCAAAAUCCAAAUCUGAAUCAAGAACCUGCAGAAUCUACAAAUACAACAUUAAGAAGCUCAAAUUCGAAUGCAGGUCCCCCCAGAGGCCCUGAUAAACGUGGGAAGAAACCAUUACCUCUCCUACCAAAGCGGCGUCCAACUCUGCUGGAAAUGUUACUAGCCCAGGACAUCCGACACGAAAGGAAUAUCAUUUUGCAGUGUGUUCGAUACAUCGUCCGAAAUGAUGUGUUUGGACUUCAUUUAAAGACAGAACCAGCAGCUGAAACAGAGGCUGGUCAGGCCUCUAAAACUACAGCGGAGUUUUUGACGGACAAGCUCAAUGAAUCUAAUUGCUCUUGUAGCUCUGACCUCCAGUUAACAGGAGGAGAACAAAAUGCAUUAUUAACAGCUCAGAGUGAGAAAGCACCCAUAGAUCAGACGUCACAGGUACCUCACUCGGCAGAUGAGGAGACAUGGGAAAUGCCACCAACUCAGUGUGAAGAAGCACUGUAGAAAAUGUUGUAGAAAGUACAGCAAAGGCUUAGCUUUUUUACUGGACUGACUUUUUUUCAAAGACAUUAGUAUAACCAAAUAAUAAUUAAAAAAAAUGUAUAUUGAACUGUUAAAAUCACUUUUCUAAUCUCUCCUGUGUGAGGUGACCUUUUCCUUGUAAAAACAGCAUCUGUGUUGAGUAAUUGCUUUUCCCCCAUGAAUGAAAUACGGCAGUGGCACAGAACAGUCUUCACUAGAAUAUCUUCUGAUCCCUGCUUUUGAGCUUUCAGAACUUCGAGCCCCUCGCCUUCUUAACAGGAAACAAGUCAGAAUUUAAAUCCAUUGCCAGAGCAAAGUAGUGUUCAGGUAAAAUGGUUCUCCCCCAUCUGAAGUCAUUAACCUAGAGUGUCUAGAAUUAUCUUGAGUUUCUGGAAGUAUGUGAAUGUAGUUUUGAAAAGAUAAUUUGGUGUCAUUUUGUUUCAGCUGUUACUGAUCUGAAGUAUAAAACAAAGAAACGAAAUGGAAGAAAUAACUGACCUGACUCUAAACAUAUUGCACUUCCCUGAACUCAUCUUUAAUCUGUUAAUAAAGUGAAGAAAUGGAAAGAUAGUAAGGAUGUGAAGUGAUAUAAGAAAUUAAAAAAAAAAAAAAAGGAUGGAGUAUGUAUAGAGUCAAUAGCUACCACCUACCUGUGUCAGCGCUAAACUUUUUUUUUUUUUUUUUUUU